AUGCAAUUGGGUGCUUUGGCCACAGUCUUUGGACAGUUUUUCUUCUUCUGUUUGGCUCCUAGACGUGGCGACCUUUUGUGUAUGUUAAUUGGUUUUUAAUGUUACUGUAGGGGUUUGUUUACUGAGCUAGUAGAAAACAUUUACUGAGGGUGUGGUAAAGCAAAGUUUGUGAUUAGGCUUAGUAGAAGGAAAUGGGGUAGAAUAAAAAGUAGGGUACAGUGGAGUAGAAUAGGAUAAGUUAGGGUAUAUCAAGACAGGGCAGAACAAGAUGGAUAGGGUAUCGCAAGGCAAGGCAAAACUGGGUGGGGUAGGGUAAGGUAUGGUAUUGUAACGUCCCAUUUUUUAACUGACCAUAUUGUAGUUGACAUCUCCGCCUUCUUCACCUUCCUCGGCUUCUACUCUGUGACUUCUGACUUUGUGGCAUUAGCUAUUGAACGAUUAUUUGCUUCAGUAUUCAAUACCAGUUACGAACAUCGAAAGAACGUGUUUCUAUUAAUAACUCUCUUUAUUUUUACUCUGACCAUAUUCUGCUACAUGACUUACUACCAAAUCUACAAUACUUCGGAGAAAAGUGAGUUGAUUAUAAUCUUAUGGAUGGUCAUGUUGUUGUAUGUUGAAUAAACUUUGACAUGUUUCAGUUCGAUUUCUCAUCCAAUUGACUUGUUUAUUCAUUGCUUCAUCGUUAAUUACCUCACUUAUAGUAAGUUAUAUUACAUACCAUGUUAUAGUAAGUCAAAUUACAUAAACUUUUCAGGGUAAUCUAUUUAUUUAUAUUAGGUUGUUCAAAUAAUUCUGUGCCCCACGUCAAAGCAAAUUUUUGUGGUGAAUGCUUUGAGAGAGAGCGCAGAAUUAUUUGAACAACCUAAUAUCAUAACAUCCGGUGAUAGCUUAACUUUCAGAUCCUCCGCCUGAUUGAAAUCUGGAACAAGCAACGAUACGGUGUAGCCAUCCAAAACAAGAAGUCUUAUACAUUGAGUCAACGAUUUCAAUUAAUCGAAAACAUCAAAAUGACCCGAGGGCUUCGAAAUGGAAUUCAAAUAUUUGUCAUUGUUGGCUGUAUCACUGCCGUCUUCUAUGCUGUUGGUUAUGCUACGUACAAUGGCACUUAUGGGGUAAGUGGGGGUUUUUGAAGGGUUCGCAGGCUGCGGGGGACAAGUUAUACGAUGGGAUUGGAAUUGUGUUUUAUUAUAGCUUAUCCUUGAGAAGACUACUGGACUAAAUACUACCCUACCCUAUCCUACCUUACCCUACCCUACCCUAUUAUUACAAGUGGUUUCAGGAGCUCUUCUUCGGCUACAGGUCCCUCGCCAUCACCGUAAUUAACAUAGGCUUCUCUAUAUCCUUCUACGUCACUAUCAAUUCAAAUAACUUGUGGAAAAAAGACAUUAAUGUAACGUACGACGAUGUUCGUAAGCUACUAAGCUCGUCUAAAGUUGAUGAACAACAAACAUCAGCUCUCAAACAGAACAUUAAUGGAAAGGAGAUGAUCUUCGACGUGAUUCAAAGCACUGAUCUUCAUUUUCAACAGCUCAGAAGCAGCUGGGAGGACGAGUAA